CGGGAGGCUUCGGGGAACAACAAGGAUCCUCCGAGGCAGCAAUUUUGAUCGCCGUCUGUGUGUAGGGGUGCCUCCGCUCGCCCCCAGUGGAUGCAGUCUCCGUCUCCCCUGUCCGCCGGUUCGAGUGCAGGUCGUCGUCUUGGCGAGUGUAGGGAGACGGCGCGUGGCGUCGCUGAUGUUGGUGACGCACAUGACGGGAGGGAGGUGUGGGCAGAACAGCGACGGUUGAUGCGGUCGGGGCGGAAGGAGUCCAUAACUCGGGGGGUGCAGCGAUUGCAUGUUGGGGAAGACGGGCACGACGGCGAGGAAGCAGUGGGGGACGCGCACGACCCCGACUGGAACGACAACGGCGCUGAAGGUGGGGAGGACAACGCAGGCUACAUUUCGCCGUCGAAGCAGGCGGCCGCUAUGGGAGGGAGGGGCGGGAAGAAGAAGUUGUGUGCCGGCAAUGGUCGUCGGGGCGAAAGGACGGCGGGCAAGGGUACCGAUGCUGAAGUUGACGUCGAUGGGGAAGGAGGUCGUCACUUCUGGUCCGUCGACGACAUUAUAGCCCUCAUCCGGGCUAAACGUGAUCAGGAUGCGCAUCUGCAGGGGAUGGGCCACGCGUACGCUCGGAUGAAGCCGCGAGAAUGGAAGUGGCUGGAUGUGGUGACGAGGUUGAAGAAGGUGGGCGUCGACAGAGAGGCCGAUCGGUGCGGGAAGAAGUGGGAUAAUCUGAUGCAGCAGUUCAAGAAGGUUCAUCAUUUCCAAGGACUGUCUGGGAAAAAGGACUUCUUCCAAUUGUCUGGGAAGGACAGGAUGUCGAAGGGCUUCAAUUUCAAUAUGGAUCGUGCGGUUUACGACGAGAUACUGGGGACGACCGCCAAGAACCACACCAUAAACCCGAAGAACGUCGCCGACACUGGUGCGCAGGGUGGUGUGCGUCUGCCAUCCGCCUCUUCUGCGGAUCCUGAAUCUGUGGGCGACGGGGACGGUGGUGCAGAGCACGACGACGACGGCGACGGGUCCACGAAAGCGAGCACAUCAUUUCGCCCGUCGUCUUCACCGCCAUCGUCGCAUUUCCGAAGAUUGUCGCCUUCGUCGUUGGGAUUGUCAUCGUCACCGCGGACGUCGUCGAAUACGUCGCCAAGACUGCCAUCGCAGUUGGCAGUUGGCUUCGAUAGCGCAGGGCACGUCAUCGAAGCGAAGCGGGCGAACAAGGUUGUCGUGGGUGUGUCUUGCGCCAUGUCGUCCCGCGGUUCUGGACGCGGCAAGGCCGCCGUCAACCUCGCACAACAACCGCCGACCCGGGAGAAGAAGGGCCGCCACAUGGCCAGCAAGAAGAGGAAGAUCCUCCAAGGCGCCCCGACACAUGGAGGUUACGUGGUGGAUGAAGAGUGGGUGCCGGAGGACGUGGCGACGCAGGAGGGGACAAAGUUCGAAAACUCUGAUGACAUGCCGUUGCAGAGGAAGUCGUCCAGGUGGGGGAGUGGCGGCCUCCGCAUAGACGACGCUGGCGACAGACGACUCGCAGGAGGGCGGGCAGUACCGGAAGACGUCCUCGACGUCGACGCCACGAUGGCAGCCAGAAAGGGCGGGGGAAAUCGCGCGCCAUUGCCACGGGUGAAGGCAGGCAAUGUCCGGGGGGAGGGGGACGACGACGAGGCAUCGGUGAAUAGGGUGCGCCAGCGGAAUACGCGGGAAGGAAUGGAGGCGGCGGCGAAGCUGUGGGUGGAUGACCUCCGCUUCUGGAACGAAAGAGAGGGAUUUGCCAUCGUGAAGUUGAUCGUGGAGGCGCGCGGGUAUCUUGUGGCGGUGGCGCGGGGAGAGCAGCCUCCGCCCAUUCAUCGCAGCAUCGUCUUGCCUCACAACAACAUCCCGCAGCAGAAGAUCGCGGACGAGUCGGAGUUCAAUGCUGCGAAGGAGAGGGCGGUGAAGGUUCAGGGGAUCGCUUUGCGGGUGAUACACGGGUGGGUCUUCAAGUCUCAGAACAGGCAACGGGGGUACCACGCGGCGUACCAGUACGCACUGAACCACGUGGCCACCGACAUCGCUCGUGCGAUGUGGUUGGGGGAGGACUGGCGUUAUUGUGUGAGCCCCAUGGUCAUCCACCACACGCUUGACAUGGAUAUGAAGCUGCCAUUGUGGUUCGUGGGCGGCGACGUUGAAGAUAGGCACGAGGACGACGACUUGGCGGCUUAUCAGGAGGCGAGCAUCCAGCGACUGGUGGGGGCUUUCACGAGCGCCGUGAUCAUUGCGGAGGCGACGAACGGCGGCCGUGUAUCGCACGAAAGGUUGAAGACCAUGGCCGACGCGAUGCGGAUGAUGCUCAAGGUGGCCAUGUGGCUCAUGCGGAUGGCGGGUGACGAUCAUCGCGCGCAUUACGGCGCCUGGGUUUUUGUCCAACUCACAAUGAAGUCGACGCUCGUCGCAUCCAUGCAUUGCUGCUUCGACGCGCGUCGGCAUAUCGUGCAAGCUGCGACCGUCAUCACCGACAAGUUGGCGAGUCCCCCCAUCACUUUGAUCGACCCUCCAAUGUAUGUUCCCGACUGGGCGUCCAUCGGUGUCAAGUUCUCACACGACGCCACGCUGUCUUCCUCGAUGGAGGCGAAGAAGGUGGAUUGGUUGGGCACAGGACCCCCGGAAGACGAAGACGACGGGAAAGGCGACGAAGAGGGAAGCGGGGGGGGUCGCUGACGCGUUUUCGUCGUUUAUGUUGUUUUUCCUCGCGUUAUGCUGCUCUGCUGUCUCUUGUUUUUCGACGGCAGACCCACCAUCAUCCCCUUUCUUGACAUACAUCAUGGGUGGCAGUCCGAUUUCGUAGCCGCCACCGU